AUGCAGGACUGCCCCGAGGGUUUUGUUUCCCCUCUUGAACAAGAUGUCCAAACAGAACCUGACCAAGAAGACCCAUCCAAGUUUGUCCAUCUUGUGAAAUUCAAGGUCACUCUGUGCUCGACAAUUUACACCCAGCCUUUCUCCAAGACGAACAAGAAGGAAAAGCUUGCUGUUGGGGAGAUCCUUGAGUGGGAGCUUACUAUCCGGGAUGGCGACACACUCAUCAAUGUCUCAGCUCCUGGUUUCCCAAGCUGGUACACCGUGGAAUUGGACAACCACGCUGGCCUUCAGAGCAAGGUUCCAAGCAGCCGAUUGCAGGCACUGCUGAACCAUGAGGCACCAAGACCCUUAGAGUGGCCCCAAUCCGGAGUGCUGCGGGAGAAACCCGGUAGCUCAUCCCGCAUUACCGUCAAGAAUUGCAAUCCUGAUGGCAUGGCGAUGUUUGUCAAAAUUUACAAAGCUACAGAUACGGAGGCGGCUGGUCCUACCGCCGAAGCUGAGAUCUUUUGCUGGCCCGGCGCGGCAGAAGCAGCCCAACUGCCUGCAGGCUAUUACCACAUACGGGUUGCUGCGGGAUACCAAUGGUUGGGUGAAUUACGUGGCAAACGAGCUUCAUGGUAUGGCGAUCGGUACUUGUUUGGACCUGCUGGGGUCUACCUGAAAGACAAACGACGUACAGAUCUAGAUGUGAACACGAACCUGACCCAAAGCAUCUCGACGUAUGGAUCGGCAUCGGGAAGUUUGGAAGAAGUUGGUCAAGAUGAGUGGUAA